AUGGGGGAUGUGUUCCGUGCAGCACAGAGUGUUACCGUUUGGUUAGGUCCCGAGGACCAAUUCACAGCCGAUGCGCUCGCGGCCGUUGAAGCCAUCUCGCCUCUCAUGGCUUUGACGGCCUCCAACUCAGACCCCGAGGCGAGACGGGCCUGGGAUAAUAUCAGUUAUACGGACUUCUUUGACGACAGCUGGUACUCGAGGAUUUCCAAAGCAACCGGGCUUCGAGGCAGCAUCACCCACCGUCAAUGGCUCGGCCUUCUCGCCCUGCUCAGCCGACCCUGGUUCCAGCGGGCCUGGGUCGUGCAGGAGCUGGCUCUUGCGAGGCAGGCAACCGUCGUCUGUGGCGAGCAAAUAGUCCACUGGACCCGACUGGCGGCGACGCUCACAUUCAUACAUGCCAAGAGAUGGUAUCACCACCUGUGUACCGAGAAGAUGCGGCACAUUGCCAGCCUCCGCGAUGACCCUGGCGUGUAUUCCGAGUUCCUGGCCUCGCGGACCGAGUUCCCCACUGGUACAUUCUCGCUGAUGCGGACGAGGAAGAUUCUAAGACACAACGCUCGUGGUCCCCUGUUGCCCAAAGUGAUGGCGAGCAGUGACACACUUUCCCUGUCUGACAAUCCCUGGGAACCCAAGCCGGGCACCGUCUCGCUCGAUACGCUCAUGCAAGUCCACCGCGACAAGCUUGCCAUCGACCCUAGAGACAAGGUGUACGCCUUCGUGGGCCUCGCAAAUACAAAGACGUUGGUAUGCGGGGCGCCUGCAACGUCCGUCCGGCCAGACUACGAGCUUCCCGUCCAGGACGUCUACACGCGCCUGAUGGCACAGUUGCUCCUUGCCCACGGGGGUCUACACCUGCUGUCUCAUGCCCAGGACCCAAGCUUGACAAAACUGGAGGGCCUGCCGAGCUGGGUGCCUGAUUUCAGCGUCCAGCUAGUGCCGUACCCGCUGAGGUUCCGUGGCACCGCGUCUUGGUCAGCGUGUGGAAACACACGAUGGCAGCCUCCGUCGAGUGACGAAGACUUGAAGCAGGGCAUACUUCGUGUUCAGGGGUCAAGGAUCGGUGUAGUUGAAGAGACUGCGCUGUUGCAGAACGAGGCAGAAUGCUCUGCAGAGUACUGGGCUACUAUCGUGAACCUGGCACUGGGUCUGGAGGAGAAGUAUCCACAGCUCCCAAAUUGGACAAUCGUCCGGACAAAGCCUCAGUCUCGUCUGGAAGCCCUCUGGCGGACUUUAAUAACUGACCUAUACUCACGGCAACACCCAGCCCCAGACCACUGCGGGAACUUGUUUAUGGAGUACAUCCUGAAUCUACAGAUCAGGCACACCCUCGCACCCUGGUCGGACGUUGACUUCAUGCCCCACCAGAGCCACACCCACGCCGAAAACAUCCAACCCCGCUGGCACGACCUGCUAAGAUCGGAGCCAGAAGGCCUCGCCGUGUACAAGAGGCGCAUGUCAACCAUUAUGGAGAACAUCUUCCAGGGCACCUACUCGCCGAUGAACCUGGCAGAGCUCCAACACGAUCUCGACAUAGCCAGCGGCAGCUCAAGGAGGCUGUUCAGGACGAACAACGGGCUCCUCGGCACGGGGAUGAAGUCGGUUAAGAAGGGUGAUGAGGUCUGGAUUUUGGCUGGCUCUAAGCUGCCGAUGCUUGUGAGGAAGAGAUCGGCCUCUGGGUAUAAGAAGGAGUUUGGACUGGUGGGCGAGACAUAUGUUCAUGGCAUUAUGCACUGGGAAGGCGGUGGGAAUGAUCUGCCUGGGUUGCAGGAUAUUGUCUUGACUUGA